AUGGAUAUCGUUUACCACCCCGGCGUGAAUGGAUCUAAUCCAUGGGUCGAAUUCUAUCCCUAUACACCGUCUGCCACCGCUGGCUAUGCCUUCGUAGCAAUCUUCGGAAUCUCAACCAUUGUCCAUUUUGUACUGAUGUUUCCCUUUCGGGCUGCAUACUUUAUACCUCUGGUUCUGGGUGCAAUAUGUAAGACCGCCCUUCCGUUUCCUCUCGAAAAAAAAAAUUCAGAACUGACCAGAGCAUCAGGCGAAGCAUUCGGUUACUAUGGCAGAGCAUGGUCUCACGAGUCCCGAACGGAUAUAAAAUCAUGGGCUUUGCAAGAAAUGCUCAUUAUGUGCGCUCCGCCACUCAUCGCCGCUACAGUCUACAUGGUCCUCGGUCGUAUAAUCCGCUCCUUCGACGCCGAACAUCUUUCCAGUAUGCGAGUCAAAUGGCUCACAUUUGUCUUUGUCAUGAACGACGUGCUCACGUUUAUCACACAACUUGGUGGUGCAGGUGUUCAAGUCACUGGAGAUGCUAAUAUCAUGGCCAUCGGCAAGAAGGUUGUUCUGGCUGGCUUGAUUUUCUCUCUGGUCGUGUUCGCUUUCUUCAUCUACAUCACAGCAAAGUUUCAUCGGAGACUUCAGCAGAUGCCUACACCUUUGAUCCAUCAUAACCCUAGUCUUCAUUGGCAGCGGUAUAUGGUGGCAAUAUAUGUCGCCUGUUUUUCGAUGAUGAUUCGAAACUUGGUGCGGACUGUUCAGUUCGGUGCUGGUCGACUGGCUGAGGUCAACACGAAGGAGGUUUAUAUCUAUGUCUUUGAUGCAUUUUUGAUGUUUUUGGUCAUGCUUGUACUGAUGGUUUAUCAUCCCGGUCGACUCAUCAAGAAGGCUCGUUACCUGACCAAGAUGGGUAUGUUUGAUGAGCGGAUGGGAGAGCGCAACUCUGCUCAUAUACUGUUGUCAGACACUGAAAUGGGCCAGCGCUCAGCUCGUUAA